GCGUUUGGAGCACUGGAGGCUAGUGUAUGUGUGGGAGAGAGAAAGGCAGGAAAGACGGGCAGACAGUGUCGCUCGGCUCACUUCGACAGAAAUUCAAUUCUCAACUGACGGGCACUCGCCGCGACACUAAGGCGUGCGAGAUACAAUUGAAUUAUUAUUUACGAAGCCUCGAUUGCGCAGCUGCCCCGCGGAUACAGCGUCUUCACGAUAACCACUUCUUAUAAGCCACAGAUCUCUCUCGACUCCUUCCAUCUUCCAUCCAACAACUUCUACUCGUUCACCCACCAUCUCAUUGCCUCCGUGACACUUCCAUAGCUCCCGUCGAUCACAAUCCCUUGGAGCAAACGCAGCAUCCAACCAACCAUUUCUCUUGAUUGCCAGUAACGACCCUAACGACUUUUCUACCACGUCAAAAGCCUUCCUCUUUUUCAACCUACACUCUUUACCCCAAAAGUCCGUUACCAUGAGAAUUAACAGUCUUCUCAAUGAGGGCCCAUCCUCAGACCCACAUACCGUAAAUCUGGGAAAUACAUCCACGUAUAAGGCCCCUCAAUCCAUUCACACGCCCACCGACCCCGGCUUCCUGCUCCACCACGUUUCUCACAAUACAUCUGGAGCUGAACCUGCUGCGUCUCAGUUACCUUCACACUAUUCCCCCCUCCAGCAACCCACCAAUCUCUCCCGGGGCACCAUCUCAUCUCGCAGCUCUUACAGUGGACCUUCGUUGCACUCUUCUACCGCUGCUACCAGUCCCCUAGAAGCAUCGAUGCCUCCCCUCUCGGCAGCAGCCAACGAUAGGUCAGGGCAUUCCGCUCGGAUACACGAAACUACGGAGACAGCUUCUAGGACAGGCUCUUCUUUUCCUGGGAGGACAUUGCCGCCUUUAACCACUAUGGUUCCCUCUGGUCCCCCCGGUUCGAUUGCGUGCGAUGGUCCGCUAUCCCCACACUCAACUGGCCACUACCCUCAUCAAAAUGGAACAGAAAUGAGUUAUUUUUCAUCAUCUCGUGGCUUUUAUCAGGGCCAAUCUCCACAACAGUCACAGCAAUACCCUCAGCCCCUUUUCCCACAGCAAUCACACGAACAUGUUCGUAGUAAUGCGUUAAUGAAUUUUGCGGUAGUUGCUAUGGAGACUGCCACACCUGUCGGACGCAAAAAUCUUGAAAUGGAGGCCGCUGCCGAGGCUGGUCGCAGACAAAGUGGGGGGUCCUUCGCAGAAGACUCAAUUAGGCGUAAUUCUGCCCCUACUACAAUUGCUUCAAGGGAACAGGCCAAUCGGGCCCCGAUCCCUGGGGCCGGCCGGGAAGGGGGGGUGGCGUCCGACAACAAACCGCUCUUUUUGGACCUUGAUCCUGCGCUGAGACCCCCUUCCGCUGGUUCUUUAGCCUCGACCGGUAGGACUAUUGAAGAGGAUGACCAAGCUGUUCAUAACAGUUUUCAGGCAAAUACGGGGGCCUGCUUCACAGGUCAUAAUGCAAGCAUGAGCCAUGAAAGUGCACCUUUGUUUAGGCCAACGCCAGAGCCCCAUACGCCAACAUUAGCCGACGCCAAUUCUCCUGAUAUUGGUCUUUCUGCAGCCCCGGGGACCGGACCUUUGAAUAUCCCUUCACCAUCACCGCAGAGUUUUCUGAACGAGGCACCGAAGUGCUCCUAUUGCAAUGUAUGCACCACGGGAUCCCCGCUCCGGAAGGUUGUAUCACACAUUUUUGGUCGGAACAAACUCUCAACCAGACAAAUUCCCAAAAAUGUGUGGGUUUAUUACUGCCGCAAACAUUACCAGCGAUCACGCUACCGUAACCCGAGAGGAUUUGCGAGGCAGCAGGUUUUAUUGGUGAAGCGUCAGUGCGAACGGCUACAACUUUGGGGGGGUGUCAAAGACUGGGUUAUUAAAGUUCGUAGGCGCGAGGAGCUUCGGAUGAACCGGGAAGUGGGUGAAAAUGGCGAAGACGCUGAUGAGGCUGAAGAUGACGAAGAGGGCAUUGCAGACGAGGACCCAGAGCCUAAUGACGGUGGCCCAACCAGCGGCGAGAAUAGUAGGCGUAAUAGCACUACUGUUCCGAGACGUCGAAGCUCGGCUGGCGGUGGAAGCAACUGGAUUAUAAGGUAUACUGGCAUGGAGAAAACCAUCGAUGACAUUUACCUGCUCCUCGGGAAGAUUGAGCUCGAGGUCCAAGAGAAUGGUGGAAAGUUUCCUGAUGUUGAGCUGCUCCCUAAUGUGGAUUUGAGCAUGGCUGCACCCCUUGUUGAGGCCGAAGGUGGGGGUGACGAAGGGGGAAAUGGAAAUCCCGGUGAUAAUGACAAACAGGAAGAUGCAGAAGACGGCGGAGUUUCCGGACGUAAGGCUGGGAAGAAGCGUAGACGGUCAGAUGGUGGAAGUGGAAGCUCUGGUGGAGAUGACGGUGGAGGUGCCAAGGGCUCCAAGAAGGCUAAAAACAUCCCACCGAAGAAGGGAGAUCGAAAGGGCAAGAAGGGGUCCUCGCAUGCAGAAAUAAUCCCGGACCAGGUUUCCACAGACACCGGUGGAAGGUUGGAGAAGGCUGAAGUUUCUGGUCCCUUUGGAGUUCCUUUGUCCUCUGGAGAUGUGGGCGUGUCCAACGGUCAUUGGAGGACACAAAGUGACUUCUGUAGGAGCAGUAUUACUCUUGCUGAAUACCAUGGCCCGACACAUCCUGAACAGGUAGUCACACCACCACCGAGCAUCUCUUCUACUGGACGCUCCACUCCCGAGUUUGACGAUUGCCAGCCUGCACAUACUGGGAAAGGGCGAAGGGCUAGAGGAUCUGUAACUCAGGACACCUGUGAAGCUGUUUACAAUCUUUCCCCUCGUCGCUCCGCCCGCGUACUUCCAGUCGCAGUCACCACUCCAAAGCAGCCCAACUUCACUCAUCGCAACUCUGGAAUCGGAUCCCCUUCUCCAAGCAACUUUACCCCAAGAGAACUCGCUGCCAUUGCUGGUGAGCCACUCCACAGAUUCGAUUUUAGACGUCCAGAGGUCUUCUGUUUUGGAGAGAUGUUUUCAGAAUCGAGCAACAGAAAGGGACCUGAAAAGAGUAAGGUCUCGCUUGGCUUUGAUAGUGGUCCUAGGAGGCCCCGAGUCGGAAAGGGCGCUGAUGAGGUAUUUGAAUGUAUCAGAGUUGCCACUAACGUCUAAUUGAAGAGUUAUCAUCGGCCAUCGUUACCAAAUAGAUCCAUGUAGCUACAAGGUUUAGUUUCUUUGUUCCUGUACUUCACAACUUUUAUUUUAUUUCUCUAUGUCUAAGUCUGUGUCUUUCCUUUGGGGUGGUUUAACGGCAUCUGGGAGAACGUGUUACUGGCGUGAAAAUGGGAAACCUGGUGUUUGAAUUGGUCUGGUCUGGGAUGGGUAUUUCCCGGGUUAUUUGCAAGCGGGGAGUUUAAACCCUGAUAUUAUGACUUUGUGCUUUGAUUUAUGACUUUCAUUCUUAUCUCGCCUUCACUUUCCACUACUUCAUCUUCAUGGCCGCUCUCCCCUCCCCUUUCCUUUCCGAAACAAAUUUUGAUCACUGAUUGUGGGGGCUUGCUUCACGCAUGUUCUUUUAUGUUACCCGCUUCCAUUUAUGAUAGUAUGAUACCUUUCCUUCCAUCUUCUCCCUACCUUCCAUUUACUCCCGCCUUUUUAUCCCCCAAAAGCAUAUCAUACAAAACUUUGGCUCGCUGACUUUUGAGGAAAGGAGCCUCCGUUUUCAUACCUAUAUCUUAUUAUCGAGGUUUAUGAAAAAAAAAAUUUUACGUUCGGAUCAAUGAGGGAUGCGGAAAAACGGGGAGUUAAUAUUGUUUUUUAUAUUUAUUUAUUUAUUACUUCAGUCUGUCUAUUCUUAUUCAACUUUAUCUUCAUUUCAUCUUGGGGAAACGGGGAUCUGCGGAAUUUCUUCACUUUUCUUCUUUCUCAUUAUUAGGCUUGGGAGUUACGACUUUGGGAUUCGUCUGUGUGUGAAUUGUGAUUUCUAAUGGAUGAAAUGUUGGUUUUUUUCCCCACCGUUUUCGGUGGAGAGUAGAGGUAGAAAAUAUAUACAAUGGUAUUCUAGUGGU